CUGACCUGGGGGUAGCCCAAGUCCAGGUACCCCAACCCCCACCCUGGGCCCAGAGUCCUGCAUCAGUGAGUCUUGGCUCUGCUUAUAGCAUAUGACGCCAGAGGGGCUGAAAAUAGCCCCUGGAGGAGGGGGAGGAGGGGGCUAUUUAAAGGGCCUGGGAGGAGCAGAGCCAAGAGGGAGUGAGCAGUGACCAUGGCCACCUCAGAGCUGAGCUGCCAGGUGUCCGAGGAGAACUGCGAGCGCAGAGAGGCCUUCUGGGCUGAAUGGAAGGAUCUGACACUGUCCACACGGCCUGAGGAGGGUUGCUCCUUGCAUGAGGAGGAUACCCAGCGGCAUGAGACCUACCACCGGCAGGGGCAGUGCCAGGCACUGGUGCAGUGUUCCCCGUGGUUGGUGAUGCGUAUGGGCAUCCUCGGCCGCGGGCUGCAAGAGUACCAGCUGCCCUACCAGCGGGUGCUGCCACUGCCCAUCUUCACCCCCACCAAGGUGGGCACCAAGGAGGAGCGCGAGGAUACUCCCCUCCAGCUGCAGGAGCUGCUGGCAAUGGAGACAGCCUUGGGUGGCCAGUGUGUGGACCGCCAGGAUGUGGCCGAGAUCACCAAGCAGCUGCCCCCUGUGGUGCCUGUCAGCAAGCCCGGCGCCCUUCAUCGCUCCCUGUCCCGCUCCAUGUCCCAGGAAGCACAGAGAGGCUGAGGGGGACUGUGACUUGGGCUCCACCGUGCCCGCCCUGGGCUGGGCCCUUCCUGGCUAGGACCACGGAGGAGAGCUGCUGGCCAUGGAUGCUUUGUAGUUUGCCCAGAGUUGGGGGCUAGGGGAGGAGGGAGCCAGAGGCCAGAAUGCCUGGGUCCCCUGAGUUCCCAAAGGGAGGGGAGCAAAGAUGGGGGGCACUAAGGGUGGAGAGCUGGGGGCCAGUACAGCCGAGUUCCCCCAGCCCAGGAGAAGGGACACAAGAUACUGGUGAGGGCAAGAGGUCCCUUCUUGAGAGGAGUGACCCUGGUCCAGUUUUCAGCUUCAGAGAAGGACAAAGACAAGUGUAGGGGGAUCUGGAAUGCUCUGGGAAGGAGGCUUGGAGAAGACCGGAGGGAGGGGGACGUGAAGAGGGCAGAGGCAGGGUGGAGCCCCCAGCACCCUCUGUUAGUGCUGCAAUAAAUGCUCAAUUAUGUUCCAGA